CUUAUUAAAUAGUUAUCAUGGACACUGAGUUGUACGACGAGUUUGGUAAUUACAUUGGUCCAGAAAUAGACAGUGAUUCGGACUCUGAUGUUCUAUCAGAAAAUAACGAUGAAACAAACGUGAAUGUUGAAGAUGAGGGAACAGAUAGAAAUAUGAAUGGCAUGCUGGACUCUGGCCGUAAUGAUGACGAAGAUGUACCUACUGAUGCAGUCGUACUUCACGAGGAUAAGAGAUACUAUCCCUCUGCAGAAGAUGUAUAUGGACCAGACGUAGAAACUCUAGUUGAAGAAGAAGAUACUAUGCAAAUCACUGAACCGAUCAUUCAGCCGGUGAAAAACAGGAAAUUUGCGCAUUCGCUGAAGGAUCUUCCUAAAACCAAAUACAGCAUGGAGUUCUUGGCUGAUCUGAUGGACAAUGCAGAAUUGAUUCGGAAUGUUGCCAUUUGUGGACAUCUCUCUCACGGGAAGACGUCUUUUGUGGACAAUCUUGUGGAGGAGACACACGUGGAAUUGUUCAAGCCAGAAGGGGAGGGACUGCGCUUCACAGACACUCUCUUCAUAGAACAGGAGAGACAGCUCAGCAUCAAGGCCACUCCACUCACUUUAGUGCUGGGGGACAGCAGGCAGAAGAACUUCCUAGUCAACGUUGUUGACACUCCUGGUCACGUCAAUUUUGCCGACGAGGUGACUGCUUCGAUGCGUCUGAGUGACGGUGUAUGUGUUGUGAUUGACGCGGCCGAGGGAAUCAUGCUGAACACGGAGCGCAUCCUCGCACACGCAGUCUCUCAAUCACUCCCAGUUACGAUCAUAAUCAACAAAAUAGACAGAUUAAUAAUUGAGCUGAAACUUCCGCCUUCGGAUGCCUAUUUUAAAAUCAGACACAUUUUGGAGGAGGUGAAUGGACACUUGGGCACAUUCACUGAGGACAGAGAACCACAGACGAUAUCGCCUCUGCUAGGAAAUGUUGUUUUUGCCAGUUCGGAAUACGGUUUCUGCUUUUCUCUCUACUCGUUCGCUAAACUCUACCUGGAUUCCUACGGACAGGAUGCCUUCUCAGCUAAGGAGUUCGCUCUACGCUUGUGGGGCGACAUCUACUUCAACCAGAACACCCGUGCAUUCUCCCGCAAACCUCUUCCUGGGUGCAGUCGAACAUUCGUGCAAUUUAUCUUGGAACCUCUCUACAAAAUAUUCUCUCAGACAGUGGGAGAUGUGGAUUUGACUCUGCCGAAGACACUAGACGAAUUGGGUGUGCAUUUGACAAAGGAGGAGCUCAAGUUCAAUAUCAGAGUUCUUCUGAGAAUAGUCUGCCAACGCUUUUUUGGUUCGUUCGGAGCUUUCGUUGACAUGAUAGUUCAGCACGUACCUUCUCCGCUCAGAUCAGCAGCUCAAAAAAUCAACAAUAUCUACACGGGACCCAAGGACUCUGAUGUGGCCCAAUGUAUGUCCAGGUGUGAUGCAGAUGGAGCCCUUAUGGUGCAUACCACGAAGAUGUACAACAGUGACGACGGAGGCAGUGGCUUCUUGGUGCUAGGGAGAGUGAUGAGUGGGACUCUGAAGGCAGGUCAGCCAGUAAGAAUCCUAGGGGAGAACUACACUUUGCAGGACGAGGAAGACAGCCACGGGUGCCAAGUAGGGAGACUGUGGAUAUCAGAAGCCAGAUACAAGGUCGAAGUGAACAGAAUUCCAGCUGGCAACUGGGCAUUAAUAGAGGGCAUUGACGAGCCAAUUGUGAAAACGGCGACCAUAACGGCAGAUGACCAUACUAACGAGGGAGCACUCACGUUCAAACCACUCAAGUUUGAUACCAAGGCCGUCAUCAAGAUAGCAGUGGAGCCGGUGAACCCGAGUGAGCUCCCCAAAAUGCUGGACGGCUUACGGAAGGUGAACAAAAGUUACCCUCUAUUGUGUACUAAAGUGGAGGAGUCUGGAGAGCACAUCAUCCUCGGAACUGGCGAGUUAUACUUGGAUUGUGUGAUGCACGAUCUGCGCAAGAUGUACUCGGAGAUCGACAUCAAAGUGGCUGACCCGGCAGUUUCCUUUUGCGAGACUGUAGUGGAGACAUCCUCUCUCAAGUGCUUUGCCGAGACUCCCAACAAGCAGAACAAAUUGACAAUGAUCGCAGAGCCUUUAGAGAAAGGACUGGCAGAAGACCUGGAGAACGAAGUCAUCAGCAUCUCGUGGAACAGGAAGAAGCUGGGCGAGUUCUUCCAAUUCAAGUACGAUUGGGAUUUGCUGGCUGCCAGAUCCAUAUGGGCUUUUGGUCCGGAUGUUGCAGGACCGAAUAUUCUAGUGGAUGACACGCUGCCUUCCGAAGUUGACAAAGGCCUUCUUAAUUCAAUUAAAGACAGUGUGGUGCAAGGUUUUCAGUGGGGCACUAGAGAGGGACCACUGUGUGAUGAGCCGAUACGAAAUGUGAAGAUGAAGAUGUUGGACGCCUCGAUCAGUGAUGACCCCAUCCAGCGUGGAGGUGGCCAGAUCAUCCCCACGUCUCGCAGAGUGGCCUACAGUGCAUUCCUCAUGGCCACUCCUAGACUCAUGGAACCCUACUACUUCGUAGAAGUAUUAGCCCCUGCCGACUGUGUAUCAUCUGUGUACACUGUACUGGCUAAACGACGAGGACACGUCACUCACGAUGCUCCAGUUCCAGGAUCACCGCAGUACACCAUUAAAGCAUUCUUACCCGCAAUAGACUCGUUUGGAUUCGAAACAGAUCUCAGGACCCACACUCAAGGCCAGGCUUUCUGUGUGUCAGUGUUCCACCACUGGCAGAUAGUGCCCGGAGACCCUCUGGACAAAUCGAUAGUGAUCAGACCACUGGAAGCUCAACCGGCAACUCACUUGGCCCGCGAGUUCAUGAUUAAAACCAGACGACGUAAAGGCCUCAGUGAAGACGUAUCAAUUAAUAAGUUUUUCGACGACCCUAUGUUGCUGGAGCUCACGAGGCAAGAUGUAGCAUUUGGUUACGUGGGAUAAACUGUAAUGAUCUCAAAAACUUUCUUCUUGAAAUUCAGUUGAAUGUGAUUAAAUGUGUUUUGUUUUGUUAUAGCUUCGCUGAUUUAAUUUACAGCAAUGUGAUAAAUAGACAAUUACACGAGUAA